CAGACCUGUGCGAAACAAAAGCACUUCUCUCCCCACGUUUAACGCCUUCAAAGCACGUCUCAAAGCUGUUUGAGUCGUAAAGCUGUCAAAGGAAACAAGGAGUUACGCGGCAGAGUCGCAGAUUACGCAGGAUUACAGCAGCCCUUAGACAAAGUUGGGCUCUGUUGUCUUGGCUUUGGUGGCAAGAGCAGGAGUGGCUUGAUCCUAAAGCAGCUCUCCAGAUCAGAUUUCACCCAAACCAGCUGUGCGAGAGGGAGCUUUGCCUUUUCUCCCCUCUCUCCCUCUCUCCAUGUUGUAAGCGCGCUCCAGACAUCCAGAAAGCAAAACAGGGGGGAGUGACGGAGAGAGAGUUUGCCGAAGGAAUUUCCCUUCUCCCAGGCGAGAUCUGAAAAGUCACCAGACUCUCCAGAACAGCGGCGAGGAUGGAUGACCAGCCCCGGUUGAUGCACUCCUCUCACGGGGUGGGCAUGGCCGGACACCCCGGCCUGGCGCAGCAUAUGCAGGAUGGCACGGGAGGAGCAGACGACGAAGGAAGAAAACAGGACAUUGGAAACAUAUUACAACAAAUCAUGACCAUAACCGACCAAAGUCUGGACGAGGCGCAAGCCAGGAAGCAUGCGCUGAAUUGUCACAGAAUGAAGCCGGCUCUGUUCAACGUCCUGUGUGAAAUAAAAGAAAAAACAGUACUCAGUAUUCGUGGAGCUCAGGAGGAGGAGCCACCAGAUGCACAGCUCAUGCGAUUGGAUAACAUGCUUCUGGCUGAGGGCGUGUCCGGGCCUGAGAAAGGGGGCGGGUCUGCUGCUGCUGCGGCCGCUGCUGCUGCGGCAGGCGGCGCCGGUUCCGAUAACUCCGCCGAACACUCAGACUACAGGGCCAAGCUGUCCCAGAUCCGUCAGAUCUACCAUACAGAACUGGAAAAGUAUGAGCAGGCGUGUAAUGAGUUCACCACCCAUGUGAUGAACCUGCUGAGGGAGCAGUCUCGCACCCGGCCCAUCUCCCCCAAAGAGAUCGAGCGCAUGGUGAGCAUCAUCCAUCGCAAGUUCAGCUCCAUUCAGAUGCAGCUCAAACAGAGCACCUGCGAGGCGGUCAUGAUCCUGCGCUCCCGCUUCCUCGACGCCAGACGAAAAAGGAGAAACUUCAACAAGCAGGCCACAGAGAUCCUGAAUGAAUACUUUUACUCCCAUCUCAGCAACCCGUAUCCGAGCGAGGAGGCCAAGGAGGAGCUAGCAAAGAAAUGCUCCAUUACAGUCUCACAGGUAUCCAACUGGUUUGGAAACAAAAGGAUCAGAUACAAGAAAAAUAUUGGAAAAUUCCAAGAAGAAGCCAACAUGUACGCUGCCAGAACCGCCGCUAACGCAACCAGCGUCUCCACCCAUGGCAGCCAAGCCAACUCGCCUUCCACACCAAAUUCAGCCGGUUCUGCUGGCUCUUUUAACAUGAACUCCGGGGACUUGUUCAUGAGUGUUCAGUCUCUGAAUGGGGACUCAUACCAGGGGGCCCAAGUGGGGGCCAACGUUCAGUCACAGGUGGAUACUCUUCGCCAUGUUAUCAGUCAGACAGGAGGAUACAGUGAAAGCCUUGCUGCCAGUCAGAUAUACAGUCCACAGGGCAUCAAUGCGAACGGCGGCUGGCAGGAUGCCCCGACACCCUCCUCAGUGACCUCGCCCACAGAAGGACCCGGGAGCGUCCAUUCUGACACCUCCAACUGAUCCGCUUCAUCCAUCUUCACCAUCUUCAGACUGCUCCACUCCACAUCCACACAUCCGCAGAUCUGGAUUACUCUCCCACAUGGUCACACACAAUCAUGCCGUACCACCGUGGAACAUUUGGAAUACUUUACAAGAUUUUAGAAAACAAUUAUGAAUAAAAAAAAAUACGAAAAACAACAAGAAAAAAAGAUGUGUUUGUACAGUUUUCACAGUGUAUUUUAGGUGGCACAGGGCGACUAACUAACCUGUGACUGUUUCAGUCUUAUUGAGGCUAUUGUUAAUGAUGGAACAACCAGUCGUCGUGUUUCAAUUUAAAUGCUUCAUUCUACCUCUCAGCAAAAAAAAAAAAAAAAAAAAAAAAAGAGAAAAGAACAAUUUUGUUUUCUAAAAAAAAUGUUAAUAACAGAUACCACUUGAUAUAGUGCUUGAGAGGAAGCUCUCCUUAUUGGUACAGUCGAUUAUUAAUGCCUCUUUUAUUCAUUCAUAGUGAUAUCUUGACUUUUUGUUUGUUUUGUUUGUUGUUUCCCUUUUUUAUUUUUCAGAAAGCUCUGAUUUUCCAAAUUUCACAGUUUGUGCCAGAUGAAGCUAACCUUUCUUAUACAUGAUUGUAUAAAACACUCAUUUGAAAGCUGAUUAUCAUGUAUUUCCUCCAUUAGAUAAAGGUACAUGUUCACUUUUAUCAUAGAGAGCAGUCCAAACAACUGCUGUCGUAGAUUUCAUUUGGACUCAUUUCCUCACUCUGUUUGUUUUUGAGGACACUGUCUGCGAGUCGAUGAAAAUAUAACUGAUUCCGGAAAUGGCGGAAGCAUCAAGCCAUUACGGCCCAUAAUGACAUUUCCUCCCCGCUUUCACUUCAGAUUGCUUUCAAAUGCUCCCUUAGACCCUUUCUCCUGCAAGUGAAGGAAUUUAACAUAAAGAGCGAGAUAUUGGUUUGAUUUAUACAAACGGUACCCCAAAUCAUAAAAAAAAAAAAAAAAACAAGCACUAAUGCUCUUUAUUCUUUGGAAUUUGUUCCCUUUUUAAAGUUGUUAUUCUUUAUGAUUAUUUUUUUAUUAUUAUUAGCAAAAGCCUGCAACGGUAUGCCAUGUUCUAGCAAAUGCUAAUCUGAGGUAUUGUUGUUUAUCCUGUAAUUUUAAAACCAACUGUGAGUGUACAGUUUUUGAAACAAUAAUGUACAUUUAAUAUCAUCCGAGUGUUGCUGGUGAGCAAAAUGCUUUCGUGUAAAUGCUUUAAAAGAAUAUGAAAUAUCAUUCUCAUCGCUGUUCGAACAUAAUGAGCUUUUCUCAGUUUUAUAUAGCAGAAAUGCAGGGGGCAUUUACACGACACCUCUUUCAACUUAUUUUGCAUUUUGUUUACAGUGACAGUUUUUAAAAAUAUUGCUUUUUUGUCUUUAUGUCAGGGGUGUCAAACUCCUGGAGAGCCACAGCCCUGCACAGUUUAGUUCCAACCCUGCUCCAACACACUUACCUGUAGGUUUUAAUUAAGACUGAAGGACUCGAUUUGUUUGAUCAGGUGUGUUUAAUUAGAGUUGGAACCUAACUGUGCAGAGCUCUGGUCAUCGAGAACUGAGUUUGACACCUGUGCUUUAUGUAAAUUAAAAAAAGGCAACAUAAUAUAAUUCUUUUAUUGUUUUUGCUAUGUGAACGGGAUAGUUUUGAAAAAUUUGUUAUCUGUAUUUAAAUCUUCUCAAACACACAAGGGGAAAGCUUUUGGUCACACUUUAUUUUUGUAGUCCUUUUGUUGAAUUUAACCAACUAAUUCUCAUUAGAUUAUAAGUAAACUGUUAGGUUGGGGUUAGAGUUAGUGUAAAUUGACAUGUACUUGCAAAGCUUCUUAUAGUCAGUUAAAGGUCUGUUUAGCAGCAGUAUCAACAGAUAUUAAGCAGACAGUACUAAUACUCAAAUGGACAAUCAAAAUAAAGUGUUACCAAACUUUUAUCAUACUUAAAUAUCAUGUGAACACAUCUAAAGUAAAAACCUUUGAAAACAAUAAUAUCAGCUCCAUGUAAACUACAAAAAAAUGCAAUUUAAGGAUGUGUUUUCGAAAAUGUUAAGAUAAAACUAUUAAUUUAUUUAUUUCAUGUAAACUUAUCCAAACAGGAAUAUUUAGAAAUCUUUAAAACACUACACAAAAUGUAGGAAAAUUGUACUAUUUUGGAAAAUUUUUCGACAACUUUGAACAUUGUUUGCUAAAUGUUCACAAUUUAUUUCACAAAAAUACAAAAGAAUCCUUUUUUAGCACCUCAUAAUAAAAACGACAUUCUUAGCAUAAUUGUAACUACAUUGUUAUCGUUAUCGUAAACUACAAAAAUAUGUAAAAACAGAGAUGUCAUGCACUUAUGUGUUCAGUAUACAAAAAUGAGCCAGAAGCUAGCAGUCAACAACAGUGGACUACAGGACUGUAUGUGCAACGAUUCAUUGUGUUUCCAAAGUUUUCUUGGCCAACUACUGAAUGCAGAAUUCUUUUUUCCCCUUAUCCAUGUGAAUCAAUGUUGUCACCUGUUUUCACAACUUUUUAAAACUGCAAAAGAAACACAUUUUUGUUUUUAAGCUCACAGAUGUCGUAUAAAUGUAUCCAAACUGCAAAAAUCCACAGGCCUUAUUUACAUAUACACCACAAAAAAAAAAAUUAUUAAUAAAAGGUGACGCAUAUUACUUGUUAAGUCUAUAGACAUGAGCAAGUACUACCAGGGUAGACAACAGGAUUGUAUGUUUGCAGAUGUGUAGUUUUUUUACAGUCUGACAUUGCCACUUGCUGGCGUAGCAUACAGAACAGAACACCUUUAUAGUCAAUUAGUCAGAUCCCAGCAGACAAACAACAUCAUAAGAUGUUAAUAUUAGGUUAGAUUUAGGUCGCCAGCAUCUAACGACAAUGUUAUUUUGACAUCCAAUAAUGACAUGAAAUGACAGUGGUAUUUGUCUUGGAAAAGUGACCACAAUCCAACGUUGAGUCAACAUCUUACCAAUGUCAUAUUAAAUUCAAAUACUGACAUUUAUUUGUCAGGUAUGGUAACCAAAAUCCAACGUCUGAUAGACGUCAUAGUGGUAACGUCCACAUAACGUCAAGCUGUUGCAUUGGAAAGUAACCAAAAUUCAACAUCUGUCCGACAUUAGGCAUUCACGUUGACCUGACGUUGGGUUCUGACAUCAACCUGAUUUUCAUUUCCAAACAAAAUGCAACGUCCCACUAUGUUGGGGUACAACGUCAAUCUGAUGUCAUGUUGACUUCCUGUGCCUGCUGGCGACAGUGUGAACGAGAUUGUUUUGACAACAUCGUCUUCUGUACACAAAACUAUUUUUGUACAUUACUGUUGUGUAAACGCGCCCUUAGAAACGCAACACACAGACAUGUUUACUCCAGAUCACUCAAGUAAUUUCUUAGGCCUAUUUAUAUUAUUAAUGCCACUGUUUCCAUUGUGAAAUCAUGACAAAUAAAGCUCUUCUGCCUAAUUGAAAAAAAAAUUAUCUUGAAAAAUCCAAUAGUUAACUAAUUUUUGUUGAAAAUAUAUCCCUGUCUGUCAGAGCUCCAGCUAAUGAAGUUUGUUUUGCAGUACAUCGAAUCAGAAUCCAUUUAAAUGGGGGAAGUCAUUAAGUUAAUACAAUUUGAACAUUUCGACGGUCACUCUUAGCUGUGUUGAUGCAGGUAAAGCGUCCCCGAACACAGAAAUCCAGCUUCUGAACAAGUUUCAAAGGUGAUUCCAAAUGCUCGUCGUUUUUUUAUGUGUAUUUAUUGUUAAUAUGACAUUGGUUGUAAUAUCAUUACUGCCCCCUGUUUAUUUAUUCUCGCUAAAACAUCUCAUUCUACCAAAAACAUCUUUCCAAACAAUUGCCAAAAAUGGAAGAAGCUCCGCCUCUUUAAUGGAUUUUGGGAGGGAAACGUUUGGGAAUGUUCCAUCGCUGUUCACUAUCAAAACCAAAAAUGUACAAACUGAAAGUAGCUUAUGUGUGUAUAAGAAACAGAAGUAUGUGACGGAUAUUUCAUUGCCCGUGUCUUCAAUAAUGUCCUUUAUUUCUUGAGUUUCCUUUUGUUUAUCAAGAUGCCACUUUCGUUUUGUGAUAGUUUGAAAGUAAUCAUGCUAAAAUGAAAAUAAAAAAACAUGCAUCAUCUGUUCUUUGAACGACACGCACUCUAGUUUGCUGAUGGUUGCCAUUGUGAAAAUGUAAAUAUAUUUUGUGAAAUAGACUUGACCGCACCUGCUAUAAAUGCAUUAUUAGACUUCACGAUUAUGUACCAUAUGAAGCAUUGAAGUCCAGACUAUUGUGUUUGGGUUUCCCCCCACAAUUCCCACCAACUUUGUCUCAAAAUUGACAUGAUUAUCAUCAAUAAAUGUUGUAUUGCUCACUGAA